AUGCAUACUACUGGAGAACUUUAUAAAGAACUUCAUGAGCUAGUCGAUUCAGAGCAAUAUGAAAUAGCAAUUAAUAUUUGUAAUAAAUUGAAGGCUUUAGGAUGUAAUAACGAAGAUGUUUUGAGAACUAAAAUAUACUGCCUUAUACAACGUGGAAAAUGGCAUCAAGCCAUUAAUUACAUUGAUUUAAUAAAAGGAAGAUUUUCCACUGACUUAUUUUAUGAGAGGUCUUAUUGUCUAUAUCGUAUGAAUCGUUUAGAAGAAGCAUUAAAGUGUCUUGAUUCAUUUUGUGUAAAAUCUACUAACUUCGUAGAUACCUCGAUACUACAUCUAAAGGCCCAAAUUUUUUAUCUUAUGGGACGUUUUCAGGAAUGUGAAUGUUUAUAUAAGAAUUUAAUUGGUAUAUCUGAUCAUAACAAUGCAGAAGAGCAGAUGCUCUUAUCUGUAAAUCAUGUGGCUGUUCAAGCAUCAGAUGAAAAUCUUUCAAUAUAUUCUAAUUAUCAAGAAGAUCAAUCUUAUAUAUUUUUUUCUUCAUAUGAAUAUUGGUUUAAUUUGGCAUGUCUGCAUAUUGUGAACAAGGAAUAUGAGAAGGCUGUAAGAGCUUUGAACAAGUCUCAAGAAAUCUAUAUGACUGCUAACCCUACACAAAGUGAAGAAAAGGAAUAUAAUUCAAAUAAAAGUGACAUGUGCUCAUUUAAAUUAUGUAGAGCUUAUAUUUUCCAACAAAUUGGUGAGUAUGAUAAAGCUCUAAAUUUAUACACAUGCUGUAUUGAAGAAUACAAACUAAAUGGGAUAUUUUUAGAAUCUUCUAUUGUUCAACUUGCUGUGGUAGCCUUUAAUAAUAUGAUAUCACUUCAAACUAGGGAUAAAUCUGACAAUUAUAUUGAUGGUUUAAACCGUUUAACAAUUACAUCUAAAGAAAAUUUUUAUAACAAACUUAUAUCAUCUCAAAAAUUUUCAAUAUGUUUGAAUAAGGCAUUUUCAUGUUAUUCUUCUCCUCAAUAUAAUAGAUAUAUUAGAGAUGCUGAGAAGUUUACAGUUUACAAAACUAAACUGGAACUUUUUAAAGUAGGAAUCUACAUGUUACAAGGUAAGGAAAAGAAAGCCCUAUCAUCUUUAGAAUAUCUUCAUAAACAAAGUCCAGAAAAUUUGGCAUAUUCCAAUGCAUUACUGAGUCUUGCAAUUAAACUUAAAAGUUUCAAGAAUAUCCCGAGAUUUAUAGAUAUUAUACUUAGCCAAUAUAUAAAGGUCAUUACUAAAGAAUAUAAAUCUAACACAGACUGGAUAUCUAGCUCUACUUUUGAACAUCUGAUUAGGUUACUAAUUUAUACAAAGAUGGAUAAAGUUAUAAGUAUAUCAACAAUUAUCUAUAAAUUGGAUACAUUUUGUAACUCAUUAAAACAAGCAUUGAAUACUAAAGAGGGGGCAAUUAACAAUAAUAUUAUAGCUGAAAUUUUAAAUAUUUUAGGCAAUACAUUUCUAUGUAUUGGGAUGUUCUCCAAAUCUGUAGAGUGCUUCUCAACUGCUUUAAAUAUAACCUCAAGUAAUGAUAUGUCAUCAGUUAUAGGUUUAGUCAUAUCAGCAUCACUCAAUAAUAAUUCAAAUCUGAAUUUGAAACAAUAUCUGCGGAUUUUAGAUAAUAAACUACCAUCUUCUAUGUUCUCAAUAGACCCUGAGACUCUUGAGAGGUCAGAGAUACCUAAUAUACCUCACUCCAGUAAUAAUUUGGAUUCUGAACCUGUGCUAAGUGUAUGUCAAAAAAGUAAAUCUAAGCACCAUAAAAGAAAAAUAAGAUACCCAAAGGGAUUUGAUCUAAAUAAUCCAGGACCUUAUCCUGAUCCUGAAAGAUGGUUACCAAAGGAAGAGAGGUCAUCAUUUAAGAAAUUACAUAAGACUAAAAAUCAGAGGAAUAAGGGAACUUUACAGAAAGGGGGGCACCAAGGAGCUAUACCAACAAGUGACACAUCUUUUAGAAAUAAAGGACCAUCAACUGCUAAAAAAGAAGUAGACACAGAUAAUAAUCACUCUAGGCGACAAAGGAGAAAAAGACGUUAA